AUGUCGGAGGUGCGGCUGCCACCGCUACGCGCCCUGGAUGACUUCGUUCUGGGUUCGGCGCGUCUAGCGGCCCCGGAUCCAUGCGACCCGCAGCGAUGGUGCCACCGUGUCAUCAACAACCUCCUCUACUACCAAACCAACUACCUUGUCUGCUUCGGCUUCGGUCUUGCCCUGGCUGGGUACUUGCGGCCGCUGCACACCCUCCUAAGCGCGCUGGUGGUGGCGGUGGCCCUCGGGGUGCUGGUGUGGGCGGCUGAGAGCCGCGCGGCCGUGCGCCGCUGCCGCCGCAGUCACCCCGCCGCCUGCCUGGCCGCCGUGCUCGCCGUCGGCCUCCUGGUUCUCUGGGCGGUGGGCGGCGCUGGCACCUUCCUGCUCAGCAUCGCCGGGCCAGUCCUCCUGAUCCUGGUGCACGCCUCACUGCGCCUGCGCAACCUCAAGAACAAGAUAGAGAACAAGAUCGAGAGCAUUGGCCUCAAGCGGACACCAAUGGGGCUGCUACUGGAGGCGCUGGGACAAGAGCAGGAGGCUGGAUCCUAG